AUGGUCGUGGAUACCAAAGAAUUUGAAAGUUUCGAGCAACAAUUUAUUGAACUAGUUAGCGAAUUUCAGUCACUCUCAAUAUCUGAAAGUCAAUUGCGAGAAGCACUUCGCACCGAGGCCGCUCGUGCUGAAGCCGCAGAAGCUGUUCGUGAUGCAACCGAGAGAGCAAGCGUCGAUGCAAGAGCCGGCGCCCUAGCUGCAUCAGCCGGUGCUACUCAAGCAGCUAAAACACUCGCUGCCGUCCAAGAUGAACUGACCACGGUGAAAAUGCAACUAGAAUUUGCUGAUCGUCAACGCAUUAUCGUUGAAGAGAGAUAUACUGAGACGAUAAAUAAGACUAUAACGUUAGAGAGAGAGCUACAGACAUUACGACCACUUCAAACUGCACAUUUGAUGUUGCAACGACAAUUCACGGAAUUGCAAGAGCGCAUUAACAACGCGACUGAAGAAGUACGAAGCGAGGCAUCUCGACUUGAGAACGAGUUACGGAGAGUGGAGAGAUGCGCAAGCGCAGGAUCCGAGCUGCGGGAACGAGCACGUUUAGCUGCUGCAGCGCACGCGCGGGAAAGACGUAUCGCAAAUGCUGAAUUUCAACACACUGCUCGGGAACUAAAAAUUGCAAAUGCUGAAAUAACGCGCCAAGGAAUUCUGAUCGCUGAGUUGGAGUGCCGUUUAUCCAAGUUUGUCGAAGACCCAAAAAGAAAGAUAGUUGAUCCUGAAUUUGAAGCGCUCAUUGAAGUAAAGGCAGCAUUGGAAGCUGAAAGGGCUGGAACCGCGCGUCUGGAAAAAGCAUUAGCCGCUGCUUUAGCCGACAACGCCAAUUUAGCUGCCCAAUUACACUCAAAUGAUAAUAAUGAAUUGAAGGGUCCAUCACCAGAAUACAGCACUUCCACUAACAUUUGUCCUAUUGACUCGUUCCUUGCUGAAUAA